AUGGCUCAAGCUUCGAACUCUGGACCUGAAUUGGUUGUUGAUGAAGACUAUGCAAAUCAAUCCGACUCAGACUAUGGUGAUUCUUUAAUGACCGACACGACAAGUCUGAAAUCCUCCAUCAUAGACUAUAUCUACGAAAAUGGUAGGAGAUAUCACAGAUACAAAGAGGGCUCAUAUAUGUUACCGAAUGAUGAGACCGAACAAGAUCGGCUUGAUAUGCACCACCACAUAUUCGGUCUUCUCCUAGGUGGUAAGCUUCACCUUGCACCUAUCGAAAAAAACCCGCAGAACAUCUUGGACGUGGGAACUGGUACUGGGAUCUGGGCUAUCGAGAUGGCAGAUUUAUACACCUCUACCAAAGUGGUCGGCAUCGAUUUGAGUCCCAUACAACCAAAAUGGGUACCCCCGAACUGUACUUUUGAAGUCGAUGAUGCCGAAAUGCCUUGGACCUUUCCCGUCGACCAUUUCGACCUUAUCCACUCGCGCAACCUAAUGCAGUCAAUUAAAUCGUGGCCUAACUAUCUUGAAGAAAUGUACAAACACACCCGCCCGGGCGGCUACAUUGACGUCGCCGAGCUCGAGGCCGGGAUCCAAUCCGACGAUAACAGUAUUCCUGAGGGUUCUUCCUUAGCGAUAAUAAUGCGCCUAUACGGCGAAGCGCUUGAGAUUGGGGGAUUACCGCAGCAUGUGGGGCGGGCCAUGAAGAAGAUGGUUGAGGAGGCUGGGUUUGUGGAUGUCCAGCUCCAUGUCAAAAAGCAGCCCCUCGGCGGCUGGCCGAAGAAUCCGGGUCUGAAGAAGGUCGGACAGUAUCUCCAGAUCUGCUGCGAGACCGGGUUUGAGGCAUACUCGCUGGCGCUGUUCACGAGGGUGUUGGGCAUGAAGAAUGAAGAGGUGCUGAAACUGAUUGCGGGCGCCAUCGAGGAUAUCAGAAAUAGGAAGAUUCAUUCGUAUAUAAAUUUCUUCCAUGUUGUUGCGAAGAAACCGGAGUGA